CCAGAAUUAUGAUAUUUUGCUGCAUGGGACUACAAACAUUCGGAGAAAAAAGAAAAGAGGAGAAUAUUCUGGAAUCGAAAAUUACCACCGCGCUGGGUGGAGCAUAUAUCCAUUUAAGAGCGAUCAAAACGAAUACUUAUUAAUCAAACCAUAAAAAUCAAUUCUUGGCACCCGAAACUUUUUAAUUCAUCAGAUCGAUCCCUUGGUUUUCGUUGUCGAUUCCAAUUAUUUCAGUACAAUUUUCAUGGAGGCUGGUACAGCUGUUAUGCAGCAGGUACAAAUCAGUGAGGCAGUAUUGGAAAAACAUGUAUACUCUGUUUGGGCUCUGCCGAGGGAGGAGGUGAGAGUUAGGGUGAAGAAGUUGAUGGAGGGUCUCCGAUCGGAAUUUGGUGGGCCUCAGUUUGAACCUCACGUGACCGUCAUCGGAGCUAUUCGGUUGACGGAGGCUGAGGCACGUGACAGGUUCAAAAAAGCUUGUGAGACAGUGAAAGCUUAUAGUGCUACAGUGGAGAAGAUUGAUAGUGGCACUUUCUAUUAUCAGUGUGUUUACCUUUUGCUUCAUCCAACCACUGAGGUUGUGGAAGCAAGUGCUCUCUGCUGCAGUCACUUUGGUUACAACAGAUCGGGAUCAUAUAUGCCACAUUUGAGCCUUCUUUACGGAGAUUUAACCGAUGAAGAAAAGAAGAAAGCUCAAGAAAAGGCUUAUAUCCUCGACGAGGGCAUUUCCAGCUUGAGCUUCCCGAUAUCUCAUCUUGCAUUGUGUAAAACAGACACUGAAGAUAAAAGCUGCAAAUCAUGGGAGACAGUGGAGGAGUGCUCUCUUCAGCCAUAACUAGCAUGCUAAAAGCUAAUAAUUUGUUGGCCAUGAGCCGAAUCUCAUCUCGUUUACAUUUUUACCUUACACACCUUGAACUGCAGCUGCAGCCUGCAAGGUUGAACUUUGCAAAAGUUGUAUUACUCUUUUUAUGUGCUAUAAAUAAGAACCUUUAGUACUA